UUAGAGUCGCACCGUGGGAUGGAGCUGUAUCAUUUGCUGCUGCUUCCCAGCCUUGCAUGCCUGUUUGCGCUCAGGGGAGUAGCUUCAGUGCGAUUACACCCAGGCGAAGUGGACAACCUUUUGACGCUGGCUAACUGGUGGAACAGCUUCGAGGGCAGCGAGACAUGGCAGCAUCGUUAUGCGGACUGCAGGGCAUUUGAUGGCAUCAAGUGCGACAGGGACGGAUUCGUCACCGACAUAAUACUAGAGUGGAGAGACUUCUUUACACCAAUACCCGACAUGAUAAGCCGUUUCCAGCACCUCAAACUCCUGUCGCUCCAUUUCAACCAGCUCACAGGCACUAUUCCUGACUCCCUCUCCAGUCUCACAUCACUCAUUGUUCUUGCCCUUAGUGCGAAUCAGCUCUCAGGUCCCAUUGAUCCACUCACCAACUUGCCUCAGCUCCAGUACCUCUUUCUGGACCAGAACGCUUUCAACACCUCCAUUCCCUCUGACCUCGACAAACUCACUGCCCUUCGCUUCCUGUAUCUUGACAAGAACUCGUUCUAUGGAAGCAUUCCAUCCUCCAUGGGCAACAUGGCGCAGCUGAAGGCUAUGGUGCUAAGUAACAACCAGCUGAGUGGCACCAUACCCGACUGCUUCAGCCGCCUGCACAACCUCUCUCGACUCAUGUUGGAUAGAAAUCAGCUGACGGGGUCCAUCCCUGAGUGGUUUGGAACGCUCUCUGGUCUCAGGAUUUUGAUAAUGCAGCACAAUGCACUGAGCAGAUCAAUUCCAUCCUCUCUGGCAUCGCUGCAGCAGCUUUCUGCUCUAUCUCUAACUGCCAACCGUCUCUCAGGAAGCAUACCUGCAGCGCUGGGAGAUCUUCUUAGCCUGGAGGACCUGUGGCUGGGGUUUAAUCAACUGACUGGAUCCAUCCCGACCACCAUUGGGAGACUCACCAAUCUGCUGGGCCUGGAGUUGUCUGGCAACCAGCUGCAGGGGACUCUCCCCAGCACCCUCCAGAGCCUCUCCAAGCUGCAAUUUCUUAUGCUCUCAAUCAACCGGCUCUCAGGCCCCGUGGAGCCCAUCAUACGAGGAAUGAAGAACCUCACUGUGUU